CGCACCUCCUUCGUCCCCAUCCUCCCUCCCUCUCCUAGCUCAUUGUGUCGUCGUCGUCGUCUUCCCGGCUUGGGCGUUCAAGCUGGCAGCUCUCGUUUGCUGCGCUGUAGCCCAUCGCUUGAGGCCGGGUGGCAUGGCGAGGCGGACGAGCGGCCCCAAGAAGAAGCUGAGGAGGGGCCUCUGGUCGCCGGAGGAGGAUGAGAAGCUGAUGAACCACAUUGCCAAGUAUGGCCAUGGCUGCUGGAGUUCCGUCCCCAAGCUAGCAGGCCUUGAGAGGUGUGGGAAGAGCUGCAGGCUGAGGUGGAUCAACUACCUCAGGCCGGACCUCAAGAGGGGUGCAUUCUCGCAGGAAGAGGAGGACCUCAUCAUCCAUCUCCACUCCAUGCUGGGCAACAAGUGGUCUCAGAUUGCAGCGCAGCUGCCGGGGCGGACGGACAACGAGGUCAAGAACUUCUGGAACUCGUACAUCAAGAAGAAGCUCUGCCAGCGCGGCAUCGACCCGGCCACCCACAAGCCGCUGCCCGAGGCCAGCAGCGGCCGCGGGGGCGCCGCCGCAGCUGCCAGCCGCGCGCGAACGGCGGUGUUCAGCGACGCCGAGCUCAUCAUGUCGUCGUCGGCGGAGGGCAAGCACAUGCCGCCGCCGCCAGUGACGGCGGCGGAGAGCUACGUGUACAGCCGCAGCAUCAGCGCCGACGGCGGCGCGAGCGACGGCUCCCUGCAGUCGUUGUCGGGGUACCACCAGACUGGGGACUUGGCGGCGGCCUACCUGCAGGAUCCCGCGGACGCGCUGCCGCCGUGCGGCCCCUCCGGUGUCCCGGCGGUCGUUCUGCCGUCGGCGUCGAGCUCCAGCACGCUGAACUCGAUGGGUGGCCUAAGCCCCGCGGCCACCACCACCACGGGAACCGACGAACAGUGCAACAACAACAGUAGCAGCGGCGGCAACGGGUCGUUCGAGCUGUCGACGCAGCAGAGCUGCAGCGCCAGCCACCUGCCGUGGCUGGAGCUGGGCACGAGCGGCUACGCGAACGGCGGCGGCGCCGCCGUGGACCACUACGGCGCGGCGCUGGACGAGCUCAAGUGGUCCGACUACGUGUUCGACGGCUACGGCGGCGGCGGGCAGUACCAGCACGGACAGUGCAUCUACGGCGACGACAGCAAGGACGCCGUGCAGUUCGUCGACGCCAGCGGGCUCGCCGGCAGCAGUUGGUGCUUGAAUUGAUCUCGAGCCAACGCACUCGGCGGCGAGCAAUUAAUCGAUCGACCCCGCCCGACCAAUCAAACCCAACACUUGUACGCGUGCGUGCCUACGAUUGCUGAUAGCUAAUGUUUGGUGAGCUUCUGGUUUGUAAAUUUCUUCCUCUUUUGGAUUACCGGGCUUGCGUUGCGUGUUAAUUUUCCGGUGCAAUCGGCAUGUAAAAAUCAUAUGGUGAUGGUGUGCAUUAUUGCUGGUGACGAGACAAAGAAUUAUAUAGAGAUAUACAUAUAUAAAUAUAUAUAAAUGAGAGGUGUUUAAUUAAA